ACCCAGCGACCACCCACCAUGAGCACCGACGCCACGUACCGGCCGGAGCUGGACUCUGAGCACCACGGGGAGCUGGCCGACAUGGUGGCGGCCAUGGACGUGACCGCCAGCCGCAUGACUCCGCCCAACGGCUACAGAUCAGGGGCCCCGAGGAGCGCCAGCGGCCAGAGAGCUCGCCUCACUGACCGCAAGAUGUCCCUGCAGGAGAGGGGCAGCCGCAUGGCCCGGCAGCCCACCAUCGAGACCAAAAGGGUGUCCAUCACAGAUGCAGACGACUGUCUCCAGCUUAACCAGUACAAGCUGAAGAAUGAGAUUGGAAAGGGUUCAUACGGAGUGGUUAAAUUGGCCUACAAUGAAGAUUCUGAACAGUACUAUGCAAUGAAAGUAGUUUCAAAGAAGAGGCUUUUGCGCCUGUGCGGGUUUUUGCGCCGCCUGCCUCCUGCAGGAUCAAACAACCAGCAGGACCUGAUCACCAAAGCCUCGCUACCUCUGGAGAGAGUGUACAGGGAGAUCGCCAUCCUCAAGAAGCUGGACCAUAACAACGUGGUCAAACUGGUGGAGGUGCUCGACGACCCGGAUGAAGAUGGACUUCACAUGGGUAGGAGGUCACACAUCUCCUUCGAACUGAUGACAAAAGGGGCGGUGAUGGAGGUUCCCACAGAAAACCCCCUAACGGAGGAGCAGGCCCGCUUUUACUUCAGAGAUGUUGUCCUGGGAAUAGAGUACCUGCACUACCAUAAAAUCAUCCACAGAGACAUCAAACCCUCAAACCUGCUGCUGGGGGACGACGGCCACGUCAAGAUUGCAGAUUUCGGGGUGAGCAACGAGUUCGAAGGCACGGACGCCAUGCUGUCCAGCACGGCGGGGACACCGGCCUUCAUGGCCCCUGAGAUGAUGAGCGAAGACCAGCAGAGCUUCAGCGGAAAGGCCGUGGACGUGUGGGCCAUCGGAGUCACGCUCUACUGUUUUGUCUUUGGGAAGUGCCCUUUUUACGACGAGUACAUUGUCUCUCUGCACAACAAGAUCAAGAACAAACCGGUGGAGUUUCCAGAGACGCCCUCCAUAAGUAACGAUUUGAAAGAUCUCAUCGAAAAGAUGCUGGAUAAAGACCCUGGAAAAAGAAUCACGAUUCCUGAAGUAAAGCUCCACCCGUGGGUGACGGAGAACGGCUCCAAUCCUCUCCCUCUGGAGGAGGAGCACUGCCAGGCGGUGGAGGUCACCGACGAGGAGGUGCAGAACAGCGUUAAGCUCAUCCCCAGCCUCUCCGCUGUGAUUCUUGUGAAGUCAAUGCUAAGGAAGCGGUCUUUCAGUAAUCCCUUCGAGUAUCAGGGCAGACGGGCGGAGAGGUCCAUGUCUGCCCCCGGAGGUCUUCUUACCGGUGCUUGGGGCUUACUGGGGUCUUCGCCUUUGCUUCAUCCUUCCUUGAGAACAGAGGAGGGCAGCAGCGUUGUGCUGCUGGUGAAGAGCUCCAUAGCAAUCAUCCACUUUGUGCCUCCAAACAAGAGCUUUGAGAACUCUGCUCUAAUGCUCACAACAAAAUCUUAUUUUACUUCAUGA